CGGGGGAAAGGCACACACCUGACUCGCAGGAGCAGUGGGUGUAGAGGAGGCGUGGCGUGCGGAGGGGCCAAAGGAGAUGAACGUUGCGCAGAGCGUGCUGUGUGUGCUGGACCCGCAGACGGAGGAGGCGGUGCGACGGGCGGGCGAGGCGAGCAUCGAAGCGGCGCGGAGUGAGGCGGGGCCAUGCCUCGCUGCCGGACGGGCACUCCUUGGCGACCACCCGGUCGGAGGCGACGGUGAGCUGGCGCUGACUGUUGGCGGUAUCGACUUUUACAUCCGGGCCCUCCGCAGCCAUUGGGGCAUGUACCCGGGCGAGGUCCAGGCCGAGAUGACCAGAGAGGUUCUCGGGCUGGCGGCGGCGACGGCGGCGGCGCGUAGCGGCGAUGGGCACGUGCCGGCGGUGGUGGAGGAAAAGGUGGCGGACGCGCUGGUUGCUGUCUCGCUGAGGCAUGGCGUGGAGAGCGUGAUCAGCGAUGUGGCCGAGCUGGCGACCGGCAAUGACUGCGCCUCGCCGCUCGGCUUCCUCGCACUCCGCUCGCUCUCGGAGGCUGCGCUCGGAGUCGGGACUGCUGGCUCUGGGCGCGGGUGGGUGGAGCCUCCGCCGCGGCGGGCGGUGAUGGACGCGAUGGUGAGUGCGGCCGAGCCGCUGGCGUCGAUGCUUGUGGAGGCGACGAGCAGCGUGGCGAGCAACGCGGCGCACAGCGCGCGGCGCGAGGUGGUCAAGGCCGGGCUGCAGGCCAUGGCGUCGGUGGCCGAGUGGGCGCCGCUGCCGAUCCUGUUUGAAGCCAACUUUCUUGGCCUCGCGGCGUCGCUCCUCGCCGAGCCUGCUGUGGCGGAGCACACGCGGGCGGUGCUGGAGAACAUGCUUGUGCGGCGGCGGACGCUGCGGCUGGCUGAGCAGGUGCCGUAUCUGGCCAUGCUCGAGUGCCUCGAAGCGUUUGGCGGGGCAGUGGACGGGAGCCGCGGCGUCGAGUCGCACGCCGAGGCUUCGCACGCGCGCGGGGUGGCCGAGGUCCUUGUUGAUCUCGGGACGCUCAUGCUCGAGUUUGUGGCGAGCGAGCGGCCACCAGAGGGGCUCGACAGCGCGUUUGGUCCGUUUCUGGAGGUCAUGGUGGUAGCUUCGGCGCAUCCUGCUGUGAGCGUCUCGACCGAGGUGCUUCCGUUCUGGUGUGAGGUUGUGGCGUCGCGUGUGGUGCCCAAGGCGACGGACGAGCUUGCGAGGUCAGACCUGUACGCGACGCUGUGGCACAUUGCAGCAGCGCGGGUGCGCAAGGUCGGCGAUCCGGAGCUGGAUGAGGGCGCGUUUGGCGAGGCGUCGCGGGCUGUCGGGCUGACGACGGCGGAGUGGACGGUUGCCGCCGGGCGGCAGCGGUCGCUGGCGCUGCGGAUGGUGCGCGAGCUGACGCGGAUGCACCGGCCGGGCGCGGUGGCGUUUGUGGCGACGUUUGUGCGGGAGACGCUGCGCGGGUUAGGCGAGGACGGAUACGGGGCGUCGCCGGACGCGAGCUUUGCGUCGACCUGGUCACCUGUGUUUGUCACGUUUGAGGCGCUCUCGCUGCUUGUGGCGUCGGUCAUCGACGAGGUAGCACAGGUCCCGGCGUGGCUCGCCAACGCGCCGACCGAGUCGCUUGCGGACCAGGCGGCCGAGACGGCGGCGGCGCGAAAGGCGGCGCUGCUGCCGGACGGGGUCAACCGGUUCGACGAGCUGUACGAGGCCAAAGGUGAGCUUCUCGGCGAGCUUGACGGCAUGCUCGAGAUGCUUCUGCAGCUCGAGCUGGGCGAGCUCGGGGCGCCGACGGCGGAUCCAGGACUGAUGUCGCGGCAUGUGCACAUGCUGGUGGCCUUUGCGCCGUUCCUCCGUGAGUUCCCUGACCGGCUCUCGGCAGUGCUGGGCGUCCUGCUCUCGUACGUGGCGCUCGACGGCGAGAGCGGCAAGGCUGCGCUUGCGGCUGCAGGGCUAAGUGACGGCGCGGUGGCGCGGUACGGCGAGUCGCUCCGGGCUGCUUCGAAGAAAGCCUCGUCGUCGCUCAUUAAGCUCGCGUCGAGUCUCGGGCCUGUGCUUGCGGAAGCGCUGCCUGGCCUGUUGGAGGCAUACCAGGAGCUGCAGGCACUGCUUGUGAUGACCUCGCACGUGCCGGACGAAGCGACCAAGGGUGCGCUGCUGGAGCAAGUACUUGCGCCUGUGACCUCAACACUCGACAUCGACGGGAUCAUUGUGCCGGGGCUGAGCUCGGGCAGGUCGCUUGUGGCGGCGAUCGGGCUCGACGGGAGCGGACUCGACGAGGCGGGUGGGAUGCUGUUCAGCGAGGCACACGGGAGCUUUCGGUCGCAGCUAUGGGCGUUUGUGCACCUCGCGGCGGCGGUGGUCAAGCACGGGUCUGUGGGCACGCUUGUGGCGCACCUUGUGGCGUCGUACCUCGAGGGCCUGAUGGCGUUUCUGGCGGCGGUCCACGGGGUGUGGGACGAGCGGGCGCGGGUGCCGGCGCCGUACGACGCGGUGCUGGGCGUUGGUCCGCCGUCGGCGCGGUACCCGGAGCUGGGCGAGGCCGAGUCCGAGCUGGUGUCGCUGCGGGGCAUGCUUGGCUCUGCACGGCGGCAGGCGUACGAGGCGCUGGCGACGGCGUUCUCGCUACACGGCGGGCGGUACCUGGCGAGCGUGGCGUUGCCAUCCGAGGUGCUGGAGCGGUGCGUGCUGGCCUCGCUCGGCGCACUCUCAGUCCAGCACAUCAAGCCGCUGCUGGACGGGUUUGUCUGCCCGAUGUUGGGCUCUGUCAGCGAUGCGGUGCUCGACGAGCUGUGUGGGUCGAAUGCACUAGUGGCGCUUCUCGCAAGCCUGCACAGCGUGCUUGCUGCCGGGUGGGUGACAGCGGCAGAGGGCGGGUCGGGCGCGGCGGACGUGGUCGAGGUUGCCGAGGCGCGGGCGCUGUGCGACGGGACGCGGGCGCUGGCGCACUUUCUGGGGCGGGUGGCAGUGGUGGCCGGCGCAGGCCUCACCCGCGCCAACGGGUACGGCAUGCACGCGCUCAGCGGCUCGGACCGCUCCAGCAGCUCGGAACCGGUCGACGCCGAGGCUGUGGCGCAGAAGCUGCGGGCGUCGCUGCCGCCGCUGACGGCGCGGCUGCUUUUCACGUCCGAAGCGCUGCUCUCUGCUGUGGCUGGCAGCGCACUGGCGCUGAUGUCGUGGGGCGACGUGCCGAGCAUUGCCGAGGCUGCCGAUGUGUGCCUGCGGCUUGUGCCGCUGCUGGCGACGCACUCGGAGCUUGGUGCGGCGUUGGUGGGGACCGAGAUGCUCACCGGGGCCAUCCAAGCGCUGGCCAACGGCGUCGACGCCAAUGCCGAGGGCCUCCUCGUCAAUGUCGUGGCCAACGCAUACAUGGCGGUCGGCCCGGUAGCUCCGGACCGUGUCCGCUCGGUUGUCGUCCAGAUCCCGGGCAUGGACGAUGCCGGCGUCGUGGCCUUUGAGGAGACGCUCCUGGCCACGCGAUCGGAGAAGCACCUCCGACGGCUCGUCCGCCAGCUCCUGUCGCCCAUCCUCGGCAUCAACAACGCGUUUGGGCGGAGCGGGAGCGCCGGAGCUCCGCGGCGGGAUCGCAGCGAGCGCAACGAGCGCAAGCAGGCCGCGUUUGUUGUCUCCAAGCCCCGGCGCGGUGGCGACGACGACAGAGGCGACGACGUGUCGGUCGGCGACUCGCUGCGUGCGCUCUUUGGGUAA